AUGGUGCCGCCAGCUACGAGAUGGCUACCGCUGCCGGCAUUCCCCGAUCUGCCGACAUUGCUCAUAUCCCCGCGAUUCGCGUCUUCGUCGUACACGCUCCACAUGACCGACCUCGCUAACAUAUGGGUCGAGUCGCUCGAUCGCAGGGCCAUCCUCUGGCGAAGCCUGGAGGAAAACACGAGCAUCGACCUCAGUGACGCUGAUCCAGCACAGUGGGCCGUGUUCCUGUCCAAGCUUGGGGCAGCCUUGGACCCCGCCUCACCAGAUCACCACUUGACCAGCCUCAGCUUGCGCGCCUCCCCAACGCCCGACUCCGAGGGCGGGCUAACUCUACACAUCACCUGCGUGCUUCCGAAGCCGCUCAAGCCCCUCAAGUGGCCUGUGUACCUGACCAAGUGUCAGCCGGCUUCGCUUGCCUCGGAACUUGUGCUCCCACUGGUUCAAGGACAUCAUGCACAGAACCGGGAGGCUGAAGAUCUCAUGGGCAGGCUCCGGGAGAAAGAUGCCAUCAUCACAAAACUGGUAGAUAAGCUAGAGGCAAGCCAUAUAGGCCUGGAGCAGGUCUUCAAUGCAUUUUCGGGGAGGCACAGUGUCACGAGGGCAGCAGCAGAGGCCAAAGUGAAGGGACUAGCACCCUUUCACGAAGACGACUGGAGAGCGCAACAGAGCGUCAGUCAGACCGACCCACAAGACGUCACAACUCUAAUCCAGAGCGUCUUCGGGAAUGCGGGACUGGAACGUGAUACAGACUUGGGGGUUGGCGCUUCCGACCAGCUCAACGACUGGUGGACGAAGCUUGGGUCCAAUAACAAUGAAGCUGUCAAACCUCGGAAGACACAGGAGCCAACAGGAAUACAGGAGUCCCCGCCAACCCAUUCGAAGCCUUCCGCCGCCAGGGAUGACGACGACUUUCAAGUACAGGCCACACCACCGCAUCUACAGUCUAGGCAUUUUACCCGAAAUGAUCCAAACCAGAUUGCAUCCGACGGUGACAUGACGGAUGACGAUAGCAGUGAAGUUGUUCCUGAUAGUCAUCCGGCUCCAUCGCAAGAAAAGCCUCGGUCGCUCAUCGGGGCGCUUGGCGGCACCAAGAAAGUCACUCAAGACCAUUCGGCGAGUCAAUCUUCUCGGACUCUCCCCACUGAGGAAGACGAGACUGCAUCAGAGUCAGACGACGAGCCUAUCAAGCCCACGUAUCGCAAGCAACCCAGUACUCUGUUAGGGACUAUCAGUAAACAUAAGAAGCCAUCACCGUCUCCGGCGAAAGCAUCGUCUCCAGCCCCUCCGCCACCUCAUGAUGGCGAUGACACAGCAACUGGGUCCGACUCCGAUAGCAAUAACUCAGCACAUCCCCGGCCUUCCGCGAAGCCUGCUUCGACCCCACAGCGGAGGGGAGGGCUGGGUCGAAUCGGAGGGGGAUCAAAAACACCAACUGCCACGCCCGAAAAACGGAAAGAUACGCCAUCAGAUACAGAAAUAGGCAAUGCGGCAGGUUCGGCAAAGCCACCAGCACGAAGAAUCGGAGCAAUUAGACACAGACCCCAAGCAGAUGCCAAAAGGCCGCGGCCCGAAUCACCCGUAGACCCAGAAGAGCCAGAGACUGAGGAGCAAAAGGCAGAACGUAAGCGCGCUGAGUUGGCGAAGGAACUCGAACGAAAAGCGGCGGCGCCAGCGAAGAAGAAGCGACGCUUCUAA